CUCCCAAAUAUCUCGCCGAAAUGCUCUCUCCACCCCCAAGACUCCUCUAUAAAUCCACUCCCCUCUACCUCCUUCCAACAAGGAAGGAAAAAAGAGAAGCAACCAGACACUGCACACAUCAUCAUCUUCUCCCCCGAGACCGGGUGAUCUUGGGUUAGCUUAGCUAGCUAAAUUAAGCUGCGUGCAGCAUGGGGCUCCUCGACCAGCUCUGGGACGACACGGUGGCCGGGCCGCGGCCGGACUCCGGCCUCGGCAAGCUCCGCAAGUACGCCUCCUUCUCCCCUUCCUCCUCCUCCUCGACGAUGGCGGCGUCGCCGUCGCCCAUCUCGGCGGCGGCGGCGGCGGCCGACGCGCCGGCCGUGACGCGCAGCAUCACCAUCCUCCGCCCGCCGGCGCUGUCCGUGACGUCGCCGCGCGGCAGCGAGUCGGGCCCCUCCACGCCGUCGUCGCCGGCCAGCGUCCCGGACUCCCCCUUCGGCUCAGCACCGACGCCGAAGGGAUCGGAGGGCUGGAAGAAGCUGCGCCGUGGGGCGGCGAGGAUGGCCGACGGCGUGGACGCCAGCGCCGGCGGCCAGCCGAGAAGCCCCACCGUAUACGACUGGGUGGUGAUCAGCUCACUCGACAGGUGAAGGCGUGAUCUAUCUAAUCGAGCAGCUAAGCUCUGCAUCCGGCGAGAAACUGCACCUGCACAAUAUGAAGCAGCUAGAAACUGAAGGCGAGCAAAGAAGAAAAAAAACACUAAAUUCUGCUCUUUUUCAGUUAAGUUUCAGCUCGUCGAUCCAGAGCAUGAAAUGUUCAGUGUUCAGCUAUCUGCACUACUACAGACUGCCGAUUUUGUAGCCAAGGAUGUAUAAACGUAUGCAUGCUUGUACUACCACCGUAUAAUAUACGUACGUGUACGUAGUAGAUCGAUGCAGACAAAAAGUCUUAGCAGAAGAGGGGAUCCUUGUACGUACACAACCUGUAGUGUACGUACACGAUGCGAUCGAUGAUGAACUGAUAGUAUAUGUAUAUGGCGCAGCUGGUGUAUUAUAUUACAUGCGCUAGCUGGAGGGAGAGUGUGCUAAUGUUGUACUAGUACUACGACUGAUCUGUUUGCUUCUCCUCUGCUUUCUUUGUCUCCAGAAAAGAGGGAGAGGAGAGAAGUUUUUCCCCUGUUUUUGUGGAAUAUGUAAAAGAUGGCUGCAGUGCAUGCAGCAGUGUAAAAGUGUGAAAAGAAGUGGGCAAUAAUGCAUGGCCAAAUAAUGUUAUGAACCUAUACUUAA